AUGGCCGAAGCAGCAUUAUUAGCCAUUCUUACAGGAUUCGUCGCAAACGUGGCUUCUGAACCUUUGAAAAAAAUAAGGCUGCCAUUGUGGUUUGAGAAGGAGCUCCGCAAACUUGAGGACACCAUCAGCUUAAUCGAACGUGUAGUUCUUGAUGCAGAGAAGAAGCAAGAUACCAACGACCAAGCCCGAGUGUGGCUCGACAGUCUUGAAGAUGUUAUCUAUGACGCUGAUAACUUGGUGAACAAAGUUUUCUACAAAAAACUACAGGACGAAGUGGUUCCUGGUCAGAUCAAAGCAAAGGUACGCAAUUUAAACCCGCUCUUUAGAUGGAAAAUAUCUAAUAAAAUUACACAAAUUAGAGAGACUUUAGCUGAUAUUAAAGGAAAUAGGGAUUUUCUCUUGCGUCUUGAGCGCCUUGAAGUGGGGGGUGUUUCGGCCUCUACAGAGGGAUGGGGGGAGUCUGAUUCAUAUCUAAGUUCUGACCAAGUUAUUGGAAGGGUUACUGAUAAACAAAACGUACUAGAACAUUUACUAGACAAUAACAUUGAAGGGGAAGAAAAUGUGUCCGUUGUUUCCAUAGUUGGUUUUGGAGGAUUAGGGAAAACCACACUAGCUAAGUUUGUAUUCAAUGAUAAGAGGGUUAAAGAGUAUUUUGACAACAAUACUUUCUGGGUUUCUGUUUCCAUUUUCGAUUUGAAAUUACUUCUUCAAAAAAUUAUUAGAUCCGUAACUGGUAAAAGUCCAGAACCAAACCUCGAUAACGAGCAAUUGCAAAAUCAUCUUAGGAAAGAAAUACAAGGAAAGAAAUACCUCCUUGUCUUAGAUAAUGUUUGGAAUGAGGAUAGUGGUCAAUGGGAUUCGCUAAAAACAUUCUUAAACGUAGGUGCAGAGGGUAGCAAACUAUUAAUUACUACUAGGAGUGAAAUUGUUGCCCAAAUGACAACACAUUCAACUAGAAUAUAUAGUUUAGGUCGUUUGGACGAAAACAGGUCUUGGGCUUUAUUUGAGAGAGAAGCAUUUGUGCAACAAAGUUAUGAGCCAACUGUGUACCCCCGCCUUGUAAAGAUAGGAAAGGAAAUUGUGGCCAAGUGUCAAGGAGUUCCUCUUGCUAUAAAGGCAAUAGGGACGCUAUUAAAAUCAAGGCAAUAUACCUCUCAAAACCUUGAAAGUGAGUGGAAGUCAUUUAGGGACACUAAACUAGCAGAAGUAGAUUUUGAAGAUCAAAGUGAGAAUAUGAUGGCUAUUCUUAAGCUAAGUUACAAUAAUCUCCAACCAGACUUGAAACAUUGUUUUUCUUACUGUAGCUUAUUUCCAAAGGAUCAUGAGAUCAAUGUAGGGCAACUAAUAAAACUUUGGAUAGCACAAGGAUUUAUUAUUCCUAAUAGCAAUAGUACGCAACUAGAAGAAAUUGGAUAUAAGAAUUUUAUGAUUUUAUUUCGGAGGUACUUUUUCCAACAAGCUGAAACAGAUGAGUUGCCGUCAAGAUAUACAGAAUCUAAUCAGUUUGAGGCAUCUCGAGAUUGA